CCAUUCUCCACAUCCAUUUUCCCUCCCUGCUCUGCGAAAGGGCGGUCUUAUCCUACGCCAGCUCUGCUUAUCCUACGCACACUAUAUUAGUAACUUCCGCUAAAGUUCCAGUGUUCGAGCUCUGCCAAAAUGGUGGUAUUAUCCUGCGCCACUUCUGCUUACCCUACGCAUACUAUGAGAAUGACUUCCGCUAAACUUCCAGUGUGUUUAAGCUCCGCGAAAAUGGCGGUCUUAUCCUGCGCCACUCCUGCUUGUCCUACGCGUACUCUGAGAAUAACUUCCUCUAUAGUUCCAGUGUAUUCGAGCUCUCGAGUUUCAGUUCAUCCUUCCGAUUCCCCGUUUAUCCCCGAGGUUAACAAGGCAGUUGAUUCCUUGUCAAAAGAGUUCAGAGAAGUUGACAAUUUAGUGGCACGCAAUACUGCGAGAGUUCUGAGAGCUUUCCAAAGGGUCAAGGUUGGAUCUCAUCACUUUGGUGGUAGCACUGGCUAUGGUCAUGAAGAAGCUGGUGGGCGUGAAGCCUUAGACCAGGCUUUUGCAGAAAUUGUUGGUGCUGAGUCUGCAAUUGUUCGAGCACAGUUCUUCUCAGGUACUCAUGCAAUCACUUGUGCCUUAUUCGCUUUCUUAAGACCAGGGGAUGAGCUGUUAGCGGUGGCUGGUGCACCUUAUGAUACUCUGGAGGAAGUUAUUGGCAAAAGGGACUCUGGUGGAUUGGGUUCCUUAAAAGACUUUGGUGUAGAAUAUCGGGAAGUCCCACUUGCAGAGGAUGGUGGGCUCGAUUGGGAUGCACUCAAAACCUCUUUAAGACCUCACACUAAGUGCGCACUCAUACAGAGAUCAUGUGGUUAUUCCUGGCGUCGCAGUUUGAGUGUAACUGAGAUAGGUGAGGCAAUCAAUAUAAUCAAGAUGCAGAACUCAGGUUGCCUGGUCAUGGUGGAUAACUGCUAUGGUGAAUUUGUUGACGACAUCGAACCUCCUAUGGUGGGCGCUGACCUAAUUGCGGGCAGUUUAAUAAAAAAUCCGGGUGGAACAAUUGCACCAUGUGGUGGAUAUGUCGCAGGAAAGAAAAGAUGGGUGGAAGCAGCAGCUGCCCGCCUCUCGGCUCCAGGACUUGGAGUUGAUUGUGGCUCUACCCCUGGUGAUAUAAUGAGAACUUUAUUUCAGGGUUUAUUCCUUUCACCUCAAAUGGUUGGUGAAGCAAUAAAGGGAAGCUUCCUGAUAGCUGAAGUCAUGGCAGCUAAAGGAUAUAAAGUGCAGCCACUUUGUCGGGUCAAGCGUCAUGACACAGUGCAGGCUGUAGAACUUGGAAGCCGGGAGCGUCUACUUUCCUUUUGCGAGGCUGUUCAGAGAAGUUCUCCUGUCAGUUCUUUUAUCAGGCCUGUUGCAGGUGCAUCUGCUGGCUAUGCAUCUGAGGUCAUUUUUGCUGAUGGAACCUUCAUUGAUGGAAGCACUAGUGAGCUCUCAUGUGAUGGGCCACUAAGAGAGCCUUUCUCUGUUUUCUGUCAGGGUGGCACUCAUUGGACUCAGUGGGGACUAGUUCUGGGGGAGGUUUUGAAAUCUCUAUGAAACUUGGAAAGAUUAUACAUUUGGUGAAUACCCUCCACAAAGCAUCUCAUUUUCACCAAGUUCCUCAGUCUCAUCAACGUAAAUUGUGGUCAAAAGUGAUAUUCUCAUCGACUGCACAAAUUUUGUAGAGUAGUUUUUCUACCUUUUACAGGCCGUGAGAAUCAUAUCGGAUGGUCCACACCAUAUUAUCAUAUACAAGAACGCAAAGGAGGUGAAGAGGGUUGCUUGGACGUGAAUAUUAGAACAAGAAAUCCCGUGGUUGGUAGCAUGAAACAUUCAAAUGGACGUUUGGAAACAGAUCCUCCAUUGAUGCGUCAAGUUCAUAGUAUCCGGUUAAUCGCACAUUGAUGUAAAAAAAAAAUUAUCUCAUCAAUAUGCUCAAUUUGAUUAAAUAGGGUGAACUCAGACUAGGAUCUAGAGUGUGCUCAAUUGUAUUGUCUAACUUGUUCACGUUUAGCGUAUUGUGUUGUAAUUUAUGCACCAUAUGUGAUGCUUUUGAAUGGCGGCUAAUUUUCUGGUUGUGCACUCGAUUAUUAUUGAUUAUAUGGUUACUUCCA